GAGCAGUUCCCGCUGACCUGGGAGAACGUGGAGCUGAUUUUGGACGAGCUGCGGCCCUACCUCAUGUCCGACGGGGGCAACGUGCGCAUCGCGGGCAUCGAGGGCCCGGUCGUCAAGCUCGAGCUCGAGGGCGCGUGCGGCACGUGCCCGUCGUCGACGAUGACGAUGAAGAUGGGCCUCGAGCGGCGCCUGAAGGAGGCGAUCCCCGAGAUCUCCGACGUGGUCCAGUACCUGCCGGACACGCCGGACAUGGACGAGGCGUCCGUCGACGAGGUGCUCGAGGGCGUGCGGCCGUUCCUGAGCGUCGCGGGCGGCACCGUGGACCUCGUGUCCCUCUCCGGC